AUGAUGUUAAGCAGCCUGCCUGACGUCGAUCUCCCCGAAGUAUUCAGCCUGCCUCCCAACAGUGACCAGGCCGCACAGCGCAGCCUCGCCGAACGAGUGGUAGGGCAGCUGAGAUUGUUGCCGAGGCUCCGAUCGGCUGCCUCAGCGUCUUCCGCGGGCACCGGGAUUACUCAAUUGUCUGGUCCGUUCGAGGAUAGAGCUGCUUGGUUGCUGGAACUGAAUCCCCUCUUGGUGCUCUGGAAGAAGCUGAACCAAGGCAGCAAUAUUGUUCAGGUGACUUGCUUUGGCAAGCCGCAUGCCAACCAUUUUUGA